AGGCGAGCAUACAGAGUUGAUAUCACCUUAGGUGGGCAAUGGGCAAUGUACAGGGCAGACGCUCUCCUCGAUCUACCACUGCAAAUCAUGCCCAAGAGAUCAAACCCUCAGCCAAGAACGCAGCCAUGGAGACGCUGGAGCCGAUCCAGCAAACCCUGGGCGAGAUCGACAAACGGAUCCCCGACGCCCUCCGCGCCGCGUUCGGCCUCGAGAAACGAGCCUCGUGCUCCUCCGAGGACGCCAUCGCCAGCUUCUUCGCGCUGUAUCUAGAGCCGCCGCAUCAUCGGGAGCGCCGCGAGCGCGACGGCGAGGAGCCCCGGGCUCUGAGGAUGAACUGGGCCUCAUGCUACGCGCCGCGCCACAACGAGGACGCGCACUUCGGGCACGACGAGGCCGGCGUCGUCGGCGUGGCGGACGGCGUCGGCGGGUACCGCAAGAAAGGCGUGGACGCCGGCGCCUUCUCGCGCGGGCUCAUGACGAGCGCCUUCCUGCAGGUGCUGGCGACCGAGUCCGGCACGCCCGUCUGCCCGUACACGCUGCUGGAGCGGGCGUACGAGGAGACGGUUGCCUCGGCCGCGAAGGGGGGGUCCACGGCGGUCAUCCUCUCGCUCGCCGGCACGGCUCUCAAGUGGGCGUUCAUCGGCGACAGCGCGUUCGCCGUGUUCCGAGACGGCAGGCUCGUGCACCGUUCGCAGCGGCAGCAGAGGCGUUUCAACUGCCCGUUCCAGCUCAAAGCAACCGGAAAAGGGGAGCGCGUGAACAAAGCCGACGUCGGGCAGAUGGCGGUGAGACACGGGGACGUCGUGGUGCUCGGGACAGACGGGCUGUUCGACAACAUGUUCGACGCGGAGCUGGAGGUGGUCGUGCGGAUGGGCAUGGCGCUGGGCUUCUCGCCCAAGAACAUGGCGGACGUCGUCGCGGGCAUCGCUUACGAGAUCUCGACGAGCAAAACCAGAGACUCGCCGUACAGCGCCGACAGCCGGAGGCUACAAGGAGACCAGCGCCGCGGUGGGAAGCCAGACGAUAUUACUGUCGUCGUCGCGUUCAUUGUCUCUCUGUACUCUUGACCUACAUUUGUUUUUCCACUCCUUCUUCCGUGCGUUGUGAGUCUUUGGGACAAGAGCUGUCAUCCAUGGACAUGUAAAGGAGUUUCCAACCAUAAAUCAGGUCUUUGGGAAAACGAAACAUGUGUGUACGUUGCUACUCGAGUCAGAUGGCUAUUGCCUUUUCCGCAAAAAAAAGGUGGCUAUUGCCUUCUGGCAGGCUAUGGAACUAUCAUCCAUGGCCAUGGAUUUGGACUGAAACGCCAUGGAUGUGGACUGAAACGCCAUGGAUGCGUUGGUACUGCAUUCCCCAACAGGCCUUACCUGAGAAUCCCUUUAUUAUCCUUCUACGGAAAAAGAUCCAUAUUAUUAUUUAUUUAUAGCAUACUAUAAACAUGAUCUUCUUCUCAAGAACAAUACAAGAGUGAUCUUUUUCCAAGGGAAUACAAGAGCGAUGAUGAGAAGAAAAACUAAUACUCCAAGAAAAAAGAAUCCAUUGCUACCCUCAAAUUUCUUUGACGAAUUUGGGGAAGGAUUUGCUUCAAGGAUAAUGGGGAACUGGAGAAUAAUAUAUUGUGAA